AUGACCACUUCUAGCCCAUCUGGCUUACGCCCAAGGGCAUGCGACAGGUGUCGUCGGAGAAAAGCAAAGGUAUCGGUCCGUGAUCAAAUUGAGAAUGGCCCAACUGACCGGUACUACCAGUGUGACUGCUCUAGCCCAUCCUCAAUUUGUAGCAGCUGCCAACUGGCUCACUUGACUUGCACCUUUGACUUGCCGAUCGCGAGACGCGGGCCCAAGACUAAGCGACAGAGAUCGAUUGCGGCAGUCUAUCCGAAUGUGCUUCAAAGCCCCCCGCAACCAUUACGGCAGGUCUCAGAACAUGGGCCCAUAUCACAGCAUCCAUUCUCCUCGGUUUCAGAUGCUGUUUCAUUGGAGCCGUGGGAUACCACUCUGUCGGUUCUUGACCCAGCAUUAUCCCCUGAAACGGUACAUACGGUUCACUCGGCCAUCUCCAACCCGGCUUCCAGCAGGAUAACCUCGGCUUUGCAAAGGUGGCAUAACCUGGAACAAGAUCUUGGAGGACAGGAUUCCUCUACAAGCCUGGAACGGAUUGUCAAUCGGUGCUUUGAACUAUUCUUUGAAUAUCUAUACCCAUUGACUCCGCUGGUUCAUGAGCCCAGUCUGCGAGAUGGCCUGGGCUUUUUUGUGACCCAAGGGAGGAUCUCACGAUCUGAUGGUCUCAUCUACGGACUUGACAGUCUUAAAUACCCGGAUAUCUGGCCAGACUUUACUUUUACUCUUAUCACAGCAGUUUGUGCAGAAGCUGCUUUUCUCCUUCCAAAGGAUAUCUUUCCCGAGGGUGAGAGUCUAGCGGAUCCAUUUCUUCAAGCCUCCAGAAAUUGUUUGACUACUUAUUUGGAAGCCGAUCUCGAGUACCCGAAUGCUAAUUCGGUUGCCAUCCGGUACUUUCAUUCGAACUGCAUGCAUGCAGCCGGCAAACCAAGGUUGUCGUGGCAUAUAUUCGGGGAAGCAACCCGAUUGGCGCAAGUUAUGCAGAUGCACGAUGAAGAAUCGUUACAAGGUCUCACCGUUCUUGAGGCUGAGUUCCGUCGACGUGCAUUCUGGAUUGCCUAUAUUGGCGAUAAGUCUGCUGCAAUAUUGAACAAUCGCCCAAUCACGAUUCACAAAUAUUCAUUCGACUCGGGCAUCACAAUCGGCUAUCCCACAGGUAUCGAAGAAAACACAAUUGUGACGCCAGGCAGUGGAGUUUCAGACGAGGAGAGCACUGGUAGAAGCUUCAUUGUGGGAUUCAAUGCCAACAUAAGAUUGUGGCAAAGUGCUUCGGACUUGAUACUUGAAAUGCGACUAUUGGAUAGUAGCCAAAAAAGUGGGAGCCUGCUUCCUCGUCAGCCACCCACCGCCGAAGAAAUUCAUCGGCUUGAUCACCUAUACGUGCUUUUUGCGACGUCCUUGGAUGACCUGCCUCGCUUUUUACAAUAUGACCAGCUCAUGACAGAGACCAAUACAGAGGAUCAACGGUUGUCUAGACUAACAAGACUGCGGAUCAUACAGGCAACUAAUGUCUUUGUUUCGUUGCACUGCCUCAAGAUGGUCAUCACACAGAAAUUUGCAGAAAUUGGCUACUAUCCGAUGCAGGUUAAAAGUGGAAUGCUGCUACUCAGGGAAACGGACAUCGCACGCGACCUGCUCCGAGUAAUACGUGGUGCGCCAUUUUGGGCUUUGCAAGUGAAUGGCGAGCCAUGCGUUGAGAAGAUCCGACUUAUUGGAGCUUGUCUUUUGGAAAUAAUCGAUCAACAUGAGACUUCGCCAUUGUCAGCUCGUGCGCGGAACGAUCUUUCAGUUCUGCUUGAUAUAUUGACCCGCCUUGAUUCAAGGGCAUCAGAUACUUUACGGCGGCUUUUGUGA